UCGUGAUUCACGUGUAAUUUGACUGUGACACCGAAAGGGACUCUCGCGAAAUUACUCGUUGAGACAUUUUCCUUAACGAAUAUUCGUAGCGGUAAUAUAAAAUUGACAUCGAUGCGUUGUGACCUGCUCUUUGUAAUGUUAAUACGUUUGGCAGUAGAAAAGUAUUGUCAAUAACGAAUAUCACCGUACAGUUUAUUUACGCGGCAGUAAACAAUGGCGAGCGCAGAAUCACUCGCGGAAGUGACAGAUGUUGUGCAAAUUCUUCGACAAUGGGAGGAAGAACAUAGUUCUCCAAACUAUGAUCCUAUUCCUGUUCUCCAAAGACUAGCGGAAAUAAUUGAGUUAGAAACAGAGAAUUAUCUGAAAAUGGAUCCAGAUCCAUUUGAUGAAAGGCAUCCAUCACGUACUGAUCCAGAAUGUAACUUUGGGCACAUACUAAAGGUUCUGUUUAGAAAGGAUAACUUUAUGACAAAGUUAAUAAAUGACUACCUGAGAGACAAUUACUAUGGUCGAGCAGGAGUAAGUGGUAGAGACGUCAAAAAGCUCAACAUCGCCGCCUGUCGUCUAAUGCUAGACAUACUUCCUGGUUUGGAAACUUCAGCAGUAUUUCAGCCAGAUAUGGAUGGUCUCAUAAACAAAUUAUUCAGCUGGUCAGAGAAGGCCGUUGAGCCGUUGCGGAGUUACUCAACUGGUCUUUUAGCAGCCGCGAUGGAAGUACAAGACAUCGCCACGGGAUUUAGGGAACAAAAUGCCAAGAUGGUACCGUUGAUGUUACAGCGGUUGCACAUGCUGCAGGAAACAGCACAUGAGGAUCGUCAAGUGGCGACGAACACUAGGCCGUUUGCUCAUUUCGGGCAAGACAGAAACAAUGUCAGCAACGAUUCCGAUAACAGAGGUGUGCCCGGUAAGCGGAAAGUACGCGACAAACGAUACGAAAACGGCAUUACGAAGAAUACGACACGAGACUCACUUUUUUCUGACGAGGACGACUCCACACGUAAUUUCGACGACAUACCAGUCUCCAAGAAGAAGAGGAGCAACUCUGAUUGUGAGCAAACUACUGUGAAAGGAAAUAGCGACACCUCGUAUCCCGAGAUCAUGUCUCCGCCGUUGUGUAUACCAAAAACACCGAACAAUUCGCAAGUAACGCCGUCCAGGCCGAGUGGCAUGCAACUAUUGUCGAGAAACGCAAACUCACCCUGUGUUCGUAAUCUGCAAAAGUCGUCCGGCAUGUUACUCAACUCCAGCGCACAUUCUUCGUUGUUGGAGAGUAACUCGAACUCGUCCUGGGCUGAGAUGGAGUCUUACGUGAUCGGUAACGUGCAGAUGCAUCCACCGACACUUGCGACUCGGCAGAUCCUAAUACUGCGUUAUCUUACACCCAUGGGCGAGUACCAGGAAUUCCUCGGCCACGUAUUUGAACAAAAUGCCCUGGAGUUGAUUCUGAAUUACAUAAACGUGCGCGAGACCAAGGACAGCAGACUCGCCUUCGAAGCUCUCAAGUAUCUCGCGUCGUUGCUCUGCCAUAAGAAAUUCUCGAUAGAGUUCCUCAACGUCGGCGGCCUGCAACGGUUGUUAGAUGUGCCGAGACCGAGCGUAGCGGCGACCGGUGUUUCCAUAUGUCUUUAUUAUUUAGCAUAUUGCGAAGAUGCCAUGGAACGUGUGUGUUUGUUGCCGAAGCAUAUUAUAUCAGAUCUCGUUACUUACGCGUUAUGGUUAUUGGAACGUAGCCAUGACUCUGGGAGAUGUCACGCGACCAUGUUCUUUGGAUUUUCUUUUCCAUUCAAAGUCAUACUCGAAGAAUUUGAUGCGCAGGACGGUUUGAGGAAACUGUUUAAUGUGAUAUCUACCUUGUCGAUUCUAAAUAUCGAAGAGGAGCCGGCUAUAAAUGAUGAUGAAGAGUGCGCAUCGAGACAGAUAGUAAGACACGUAGCUGUCGCUUUAAAGAGAUAUAUGGAAGCACAUCUACAUCUGAAAGCUGAACAACUGCAAAGGGCGGAAAAUGUUAGAACUGAUCGCGAUACAUGGCAGCCUUCUUUACCGCCUUACAAAGCGUGUAAACUUAGUAGUGAGGAAGUUCAGGCAAAAGUAGAGAUACUUCAAGAAUUAAUGUCAGUCAGAGCAGUGUGGCCACCAGUUGAAGAACUGCAUCGUUUGGGUGGCAUCACAUUAUUAUUACAAAUCAUAGCUUUUGCUCGUGAAUGGAACUACAGUGGACGGGUACACAUGCAACACACUUCUAGUGCAGAAACCGUAAGAUCGUGUUUGGAUGUGAUUGCAAUCUGUUCCGUUGUCCCUAAAGUCAUGUUACUGUUAUGUGAAAGGGUAGAUAUGCCAGAUAUGUCGAUGACAAUGGCGAUCAAUCUUCUGCUAGCCGCGGCUGAAUGUGAAAUCGUUGCGGACGCUGAUGUGCAGAGAGCAGCACUUAGAGCUGUGAUUAAUUGUGUAUGCGCUCCCAUGAACAGAAUUGGUGGAAAUGUAGCCAGAUACUCUAUAACAGGAUCUGCUAAAAAGAAAACGAACAUUCACAACAGUGAAGAAUUGAUACAAAAAAUCUGGGAAAGCGUGAGAUCAAAUAACGGAAUCAUGGUAUUACUGCAGUUAAUGAUGGUGAAGACACCAAUCACUGACGCCGAUAGCAUACGAGCACUAGCGUGUCGUGCAUUAGCUGGACUAGCACGUAGUGAGAAAGUCAAGCAGAUUAUUAGUAAGUUACCAAUGUUCACGGAUGGACAGAUACAAUCCCUCAUGAAAGAUCCGAUCUUGCAAGAAAAGCGACAGGAACACGUUACUUUUCAAAAAUACGCUUUGGAAUUGAUCGAAAGAGUAUCUGGUAAAGCAAAACCAACAGGUGCAGAGUAUGAAAUGUCUUUAGUCAGUUUACACAGGGCAAAUGUUGUGGCACAAACAAGAAUACAAUAUAACGAACAACAACUCAAUCAAUUGAUACAUCAGCAUCUUAUGUCGAAGGGAUUAACUGAAACAGCUAAUACAUUACAUAUAGAAGCAAACUUGGAUUCGUCUGCGAUUAUGAAGUCCGUAGCAUAUCAACCAUUUACAUACCGGAAUCCUGUGAACGUAACUCCAAGAAACAGUUUCUCUCCUGGUGCUCACUUAUAUAAUACAAGCAGAUGUACGCCAAGAGAAACCACCUGUAGAAACAAUACUACUCCAACAUCAUCAUCUCGAUUUAUAUCUCACUCGACUUCAUGUUCUAGUUCACCAACUGUCAACAAUAACGUUCGAUUAAAAUUUACAGAUUGUUUGAAUCAAAACGUCAUUUCGACUAUCGUAAAUCAGCCGAUUAAGUUACAAAUUAGUCAAAAGAAAUCAACAUCAUCCGAUAAAGCACCUCUAGUCACUUCAACUAGUUGUCAGCCUGCAAUAUCUACAAUGCAAUUGCAAACUACGAGUUGUAGAUCUUUACAAAAACAAAUUUCCAGAGAUCCUGGAGGUGGCGGAGGACCUGGCGUAGUUACCUCCAAUGUAUCUGUCACUCUAGAUUCUAUUAUUACAGAAUAUCUAACUAAUCAACAUGCUCUCUGUAAAAAUCCCAUGGUGACAUGUGCGCAGUUUAAUCUUUUCGAGCCACACAAGUGUCCAGACCCGUGUAUAAAAAAUUCUUUGCCCACAAACGUGACAGUGAGAUUAGCGAGACGAUCGUUAGGGAUGGAUAGUAGGAAGUUAGAUAGGAAAUACAUUUACAGCCGUUUUUGUCCUGUAAAAACUUUCCGGCCUACCGAUGUGGGAGGAAUCUUCACUUGUUGCGCUUUUUCGCCAUGUACGCAAUACCUCUUUCUGGGCACUCAUUCUGGAGACAUCAAGAUGUUCAAUACUCAUACAGGAAUGGAGGAGGCAACUUAUCAGUGCCAUGAGUCGUAUGUGUAUCAUAUAGAAUGUAAUCAACGUGGUAAUCUUUUGUUGACCUCAACUGCUUGGAGAAGCCCUAUGUCAGCCCUCUGGGAUAUGGGUACUGGCUUCUUUGAAAUGAAACUACCUUUGGAGACUGAGGAUUAUGUAGAAUUCGGGAAAUUACAAGACAGAGUAAUUGGUACACAAGGAGAGAGCGCGACGAUAUAUGAUAUAGUAACGGGAAAAUUACUAACAACUUUGACACCAUCGAUUUCGAAUCAGUAUACAAAAAAUCGUGCAACCUUCAGUAUGAAUGAUGAGUUGGUGCUCAGCGACGGUAUUUUGUGGGACGUUAAUUCGAGCAAAGAAAUCCAUAAAUUCGACAAAUUGAAUCAAGCGUUGAACGGAGUUUUUCAUCCAAAUGGAAUGGAGGUUGUGUCUAACACCGAAGUAUGGGACUUAAGAACGUUUCAUCUACUGAAAACAGUUCCCACUUUAGACGAAAUGGAGAUAAUCUUUUCGCCAGUCAAUAAUAUUAUAUAUGCAAUGUCGUUAGACCAAGAGACCGACGAGGCUCAUUUUGCAACUUCCUUUAAGACCUUAGAUGCUUUAGAUUAUAGUAAUAUAGCAACUUACGAUGUAAAAAGAGGAAUUUAUGGUCUUGCGUGCAACAAGUAUGAUACGCAGAUUGCUAUAGUGGAAAAUGCGGGUGAAUUCUCAAGUAUACAGGAAUCGUGCGUUAGAUUGUACGAUGUUGGAAGACGUAGAGAUGACGAAGAUGAAGCCGAUGAGGAUGAUGAGGAGGAGGAUCUUGAUGCCAGUGAUGAUGACGGUUCAAAUUCGGGGUCUGAUGAUAAUAACGCAGACGCAGACGGUGAUAAUGCAGACGCUGGUGCAGAAGACAACGGCGAUGAUAAUGAGCAGAACGAUAGAGAAAACAAUGAUGACGAUGAUGAUGACGACGAGGAUGGCGGUGAUGGAGACGAUUCUGGCGAUGAUAGUGCAGAUUAUGAUCCUAAUGUUGAUAUUAACGAUCUCUCAGAUGACUUCUCUUUGUCAGACAUGGACGAUCUUGAAAUAUUGUUUUCGUGAACAUCAUUGAUAAUCACACACAUGUGCAUAUAAAUAUAUAUACAUAUAUAUAAAUAUAUAUAAAUAUAAUAGUGUAUACAUAUUUAUUUAUAUUUAUAUAUAUAAAUAUAUAUAAAGUUAGAAAAAAGAGCAAUUUCAUCGCGAUGCAUUAUUAACAUCUGGAGUGCCACGCUUGGAUUUGAGUGUGAAUUUUAUCGAACCCGAACUUUCUGGUCACCACACGCGAUCAUAUAUAGAAAGUCAGAUUAUUUAACAAAUUGUCAACUAUAUGAUAGUAUCCGAUUAAGUACUAAAAUCAUUUCUAGUUAGGUAAGUAAAAUCGUCAUCUUAUGAUCCUUGCAGAAACUUACACAUCAUUCAAAUAUAGAUGGCGUGACACUCAACGUGCUAAUGGCGCAUACUCUAAAUGUAUAAAUAUUUUCUAGCUGAACCCAGCCAUUGUAACUUGAGCGUCUUUGUUCGCGUCACGGGUCCGUACUUCUCAAAUCACAGAUAAUCAAUUGUAAAUGAUUAUUACUAAUAUUCUGUUCGAUCAUUGAAUAAAAAUAUGUUAUAUAUUAUAUAUAUACUUUUCAAUCGAAUAGCAAGUAUCAAUCCGUGACGUCCUUGUGCUCAUAAUCAGUCGAUCGUAAGACUGCAGCACAACCGGAUAUUAUCCUUGUAAUUUGUGAGAAAAGGCAAAAGAUGGAACAAAACACUAUAUCUAUAAAAAUAUGUUUGAACUUCCAGUUCAAAUAUAUUUAAAAAGUGUUUUUUUUUUACGAGUAAAUUCUAAAAUUGUGUAUAUACUUUUAGCGUAUCUUAUAUCUAUGAUUUAUUUUAUUUUAUACAAAUAGAAAUCUCUUACUUUUUCUUCCCUAAUACGAGGUCAUUUAUUAAUUAUAAUAAUCGUAUUAUUAAUGUUUUUUAGAUAUGCGUUUAUAUUUCACAUGGUACUACCUCCACUCAACAUUUAUGCAGUUUUACAGACUUCCACGGGAAUCAGGGCUGUUAAAAUAUUUCAGAUUACGAGUCUCUAUCGUGUGGGCGCUUUUAUACGCGUUCACUCUUUACUAUUAACAUUAUAAUGUUUCGUACCUUAUAAUUUUACUGAGUUUUGUAAAAAUCGUGAAAGAAAUAAUACAGUAAAAUACCGAAACCAAUAUCACUUACGUUUGUACGUGUCGAGUUUGAAAGGUUACAUGCGUAUGCGAGAAUUCGAUAUAACACACGUUAUAUUGCAUUUACAUUGUUGAAUGAGAAAUAAUAUUGAUGAACAUCUUUAUAAAUAAUUGAUAUAAAUUAUUAUAAACACAUAUUUAAUAUACGCUAAAUCCUAUAUUCUCAACGAUUUUUUGAGAUAUUUAAAUAUUGGGAGUAAAAUUCAAUACCGUUAGCGCGAGAUAACUGUUUAUAACAGAUAAAGUAAUAUAUUUGAGAAUAUUCUAGUAAAAACAUUAACUGACAGUAACAUUACAUCAAUGUUAUAAUUUUCUAUUUAACAAUGUAACUGUUAAAUAACACACGUUAUAUUGUAUUUACAUUGUUGAAUGAGAAAUAAUAUUGAUGUUACUGAUAGAAGAAAGUAUUUUACGUUUCUGUGUAUGUUUUGAGGUUUCAAAGAUUUAGCGGAAUUUUAUUUUAUUUAUCUAAAUAUAAUAAUAUAUAAAGUGUCAACCGAAAAUUUAUAGACAUACUUUAUUUUAAUUAAAUGCAAAUAUAAUUACGAAUAUAAUUAAUGUAUAAAAUAGAAUAUUUGUAAAAAGUCCACAAAAUCGUGUAAUUCGUUAUUAAUAAAAUAGAAAUUUAUAUAUAUAAA